GUGGAUGGUCUGAAACUGAUGAUGUUGCUGAAAAAUCCGUUGAUUCCAAGGGGGAGAAGCAGUCGUUUGCAGAAUGCAUCAACAACAUACACACUAUAAUUCCACAAAGUGGAGUCUCGGGAGGUCGGAAAAAGAAUCAAUGACAGUGAAGGAGCCAUGGAAAAAUACUAUAAGCAUUCUGGACAGUAACUAUACAAAUUAAUAUGAUAUUCAAAGUAUAAGAAACAACAAAGUGUAACAUAAAUCCAAGUGCAAGAAACUGCAGACUGCAUCCAUCAAUCAAUUGACUAUUUCUCAAUAUCUAAUUAGUUGGAGUCAGUUAUAUCAAUCGUGUAUCCUUUAGAGGAUUAUUUAUUAUGGUUAAGACUAUUUUAUAGCCAUCAACCUACCACAAUCUCUUCCUUUAUCUGGGCUGUGGACAUUUAUGCUUUAUGAAGCUCACAUAGACGACCGAUUUAACUGCAUAAUGCAUAUUAAUCUUUGGAGUGAUUAAAUAAAAAAUAAAAAAAAUCUUUGGAGUGAUAGAUUCUUCUUUGUUCUCUUAUGGACAAAUAACACUUUCAGCACAUCUUUUUUCUAGGUAUUGUGGUAGCAGGAGCAGCUGGUGUUAUCCUUGUGACUGCGCUUACUUUUGCUGCCUUGUGUAUUGGCAAGCGGAACUCAACAAGUGAGUUUAUCUGUCACCUUCUCUGGGGACCGAGAGCCACUCAUUUCAAGGGGAGCACAUUUAUUGGAACAAUGAUGAGAUAAAGAAUCUAGCAAACACAUUUCAUUAGUAUGUGGUUAAGAAUUACUCCUUUCGUAUCAACAAAUGGUCUUUGAAAGAGCCUCUGUAAGACAUGUCUAACAGGUUUUCCUAAUAGUUGGAUCCAUUAGAGAUGAAACUGAGUCAACAUCUGCUUUCAUUUUGGGAAGUUUUAUUUUGCAAUAAUCAUCACAUAUGAGGAGGGUUUAAGUAGUCAUAAAAAGGCUACUAACCAUUGCAGUUGAGCAACUUCAGUUCAGAUAUCUGUGGUUCCUUGUUAUAGCAGUUUGGUUGUGUAACUAUGCCACCUUUGUUUGUUAAUUUGAACAGCAGACAAUAACAAUGCAUGUCCUUAGUACUUUUUCUUGAAAGCUGCUAGCUAGUUUGAUUCAUGACUUUCAAGUGCAUGUACACAGGAGUGAAACAUCAGAGGGAACCUUUAACAGCGCUACAAGAAAUGCCAAUGGCUUCUGAUAAUCACGACGACACAGUUGAAGAUGGGAAAUUUUUAGAGAACAGUCGAAUGGAAAAAGUUCUGCAGGCACUUCCUAGGAAGGUUCUGGUACCUGCCGCUGUUGAUCAAGUCCAAGGUCAGGCACUAGCAGCAUUACAAGUUUUAAAGGUUAUUGAGGCUGAUGUCCAACCUGGAGACCUUUGUACUCGACGUGAAUAUGCUCGCUGGUUGGUGAGUGCUAGUAGCGUUCUAUCAAGAACCAAUGCCUCAAAGGUUUACCCUGCAAUGUACAUUGAGAAUGUUACUGAACUUGCCUUCGAUGAUAUUACGCUUGAUGAUCCAGACUUCCCUUCCAUACAAGGCUUGGCUGAAGCAGGUCUAAUUUCGAGCAAGCUCUCAAGACAUGACAAGAAGUCAUCUUCAUAUCCUGACCAAAGUCCCUUCUUCUUCACUCCCGAAAGUCCUUUAUCACGUCAGGAUCUUGUCAGUUGGAAGAUGGCCCUAGAGAAAAGACAGCUUCCAGUAGUUGACCAGAAGUCCCUGCAGAAGGUCUCUGGAUGGAUAGAUACUGACAAGAUUCAUCCAGAUGCAUGGCCAGCACUGGUAGCUGACUUGUCAUCAGGUGAAAGGGGAAUAAUAGCCCUUGCAUUUGGAUAUACAAGACUCUUCCAGCCAUAUAAACCUGUGACAAAAGGUCAAGCCGUUAUUGCCCUAGCAACUGGUGAAGCUUCUGACACCAUUGUUGAGGUACUUUCGCGCAUUGAGGCUGAGUCAAUUGCUGAAAAAGCUGUUGCAUCAUAUAAUUCUCUGGCAGCUCAAGUUGAGAAAGAUGUGAAUGCAAGUUUUGAGAAGGAAUUCAUAUUGGAAAAGAAAAGGGUUGAUACAAUAAAGAAGUUGGCUGAGGAAGCAAGGCAAGAGUUGGAAAGCUUGAGAGCUGAGCGGAAAGCAGAGCAUCUUGUAGUUAUGAAGGAACGAGCUGCUGUUGAUUCGGAACUGGAAGUUCUUUCCAGGUUCAGACAUGAGGUAGAGGAACAAUUGCAGAGCCUUAAGAGUGACAAAAUAGAUAUCUCAUAUGAAAAGGAAAGGCUUGGCAAGUUACAUAGAGAUGCAGAAAUUGAAAACCAAGAGAUUGCACGGUUACAAUAUGAGCUUGAGGUUGAAAGGAAAGCAUUAUCCAUAGCUAGAGCUUGGGCUGAAGGUGAGGCUAAAAGAGCUAGAGAGCGAGCAAAAACACUGGAGGCGGCUAAAAACCGUUGGGAGAGACAAGGCAUCAACAAAGUGAUAGUUGACAAUGACAUACAAGAAGAUUUGAAUAUUGAUGUUACAUGGCUCAGUGCAGGAAAUCAGUCAGUUGAAGAGAGUCUGAAUAGAACUGAAAGUUUGAUGGACAAGCUCAAGGAAAUGGCUGAUACUGUAAGAGCGAAGUCAAAAGAGACAAUUCAUAAAAUAAUGGAAAAGAUACUCUUUGUGAUAUCUGUGUUGAAGGAAUGGGCACAGAAAAGCAGACACACAAAUGGCAGAGCUAAAGGAUAACGUCCUCGAAGAUGGGUGGCUCCGUCAACAAGCAAUGCAACAUAGAGCAGUUGAUAUUGGCUCAGGUUUCACGGAUGGAAAGAAACAAUUUUGCUGGAGAUUGCAAGAAAGGAGUAUCACAUAUAUUCAAGACGUGACUGAACUCAAUAUUGCAUAUUCUUGUAUCAGUCUUGUACUAACCAAAAUAAUCAUAUCCAUAUACUAGGGAAAUUUACCCUCUAUAAACUGAAGUGAUGUUAUGUGCUUCACUCGUUGUUCUCUGGAGACAACCAUAUUUGGAACACAAUGGUGCUUUAGUUUCCUGAAACUUACAGAUGAAAUAAUUCAUCUUUCAGCCAAAGUUUA